AGGUGGCUGUCUUGCAAGUCGGUCGGAGAAAGCCGCGUCUUUGACCUACACUCGCGAUCGGGUUCCGACGUGUGCCGCGAGUGGCGGUAAGUUGUGCGACGAGGUCCAAUAACUCUGUUGCACCAGUUGUUUCGGGGACAGCCAGCUGUCGUAACUCGAAUUACAACCCAGAGUGAUGACUUUCAGCCAGAACGGAAAGUAACGAAAGCUGUAUAUUCAAUCUUCACGAAGCCUCAAACGAAGAGUACGGAAAACCCUUCGUCCAACUUCCGUUGGCAAUCGCCUCUUGGGUCGAAGCGCACGUGUUUACAUGGAAUGAACCUUAAUCCACCGAGCUUAGCCAAGGUAGCCGCAUUCGACUUGGACGGGACGAUUAUCAAGUCCAGUUUUGGCAAAGGCAAAGCCACCAAAAAGGCUGGACCAACUUAUGAAUGGUGGCGGCCCUUGGUGCCGAAACGACUGAGAGAAGUGAGCAACCAAGGCUUUGCGAUCAUCAUUAUUUCUAAUCAGAAUCUCAAGUCUGUUCAGUUGGCGGAGUGGAAAAAGAAGAUCCCACUCAUCGCUGCUGCUCUUCCUGAUGUACCCUUCCAUUUAUUCGCCGCGACCGCGAAGGAUGGUUACCGCAAACCUAUGCCUGGCAUGUGGUAUGAGCUUGAAAAGAUCUUCGAUGCCGAUGGCGUCAAGAUUGACAAGUCCGCUUCAUUUUAUGUCGGCGAUGCAGCAGGCCGAGCCGGUGACUUCGCGAGCACUGAUCGGAAGUGGGCGAUAAAUGUCGGCAUACCCUUCUUCACGCCGGAGGAGUAUUUCCUCGGGCUCCAAGCUGCACCAUACAAACUCCCCGGCUUCCAUGUUUCUUCACUACCAUCGUUACCUUCUAUCUCCCCGACGUCCAAGCCGAUCCUUCCGGACCCAAAUGACGGUGCCAAACCUGAAGUCGUGUUAUUCGUCGGCUACCCUAGCUUGGGCAAGUCGACAUUUUACAAGCGUCAUUUUCAGCCGGCUGGCUACGUCCACGUGAAUCAGGAUACCCUGGGCUCCCGACCCAAAUGUGUCAAAGCUGUCGAAGAGGCGCUAGAGAAAGGAUUGAGCUGUAUCGUAGACAAUACCAAUCGGGAUCGACAGACGAGGAAAUACUAUGUAGACGCAGCCAAGCGACUGGGUGCUACUGUUAGGUGUUUCCUGUUUCAGGGCUCUAUGGAACUAGCAUGGCACAAUAACCUCUAUCGUGCUUAUAAUAUGCCGCCGUCUCAAGCCGAGAAGGAGUCCCGACGUGAUCUAGUCCCCUACGCAGCAUGUCUGUCCUUUCGUGACAAUUACGAGGAACCCAGAGAAGAUGAAGGCUUUACGGAGGUCAGGAUCGUUAACUGGAUAUUCGAGGGCGAUGAAGAGGAGCUGAGGCGGUGGAGUAUGUGGCUUCAGAUUGACGGGAAGUAGCCC